UGGCGUCAGAACAAUAUACUCUUCUUACAACUCCUCUAUCAUCCGAUUCUUCCAUAUCACUUUCCAGUACCAAUUCCGCUCCUUGUCCAGCAGACGCCACCAUGACUCAGUCUUCAGCAAAGCGCUCCUGCGCAACUAGUGUUUUCCACACAGAUACAUAUGACCCUUCAUUAUCAUUUACAUCCUACUUUGUUUCUCCAAAGACGCUUUUUGUCGUCCGUUUAGUGAUGGCAAUAUAUUGCACGAUUGUAUUCACUGCGACUAUAGUGCAGUAUAUAGUAGAUAAGAAUGAUAAAAUAUUUGCCUACUUUACUAAUUUAAGUUACCUUGGAUUGACAGUUUAUCUUUUGGUGAGUACAGGAGUUCCUUUAGUCUACUGGCUAUUCCUUGCCGAUGAUCUUUCAUCCAAGACGCCUGCAAUCACUUGGUGGAGAACGGUGUCAAUGCAUGCUGGAGAUGGAGUGUUUAUGUUGGUGGAGCUGUGGCUGAAUAAGCAGAUCUUGUAUUGGACUUAUUUGAUAAUAACCAUGUCCUUUUUGCUGAUGUUUAUGUUCGAGAGUUGGGUUGUCCAUGCUGUUGAUCAUUUCUGGGUAUAUAAUUUCCUCUCAUGGGAUGAUGGUCCAACAAAAGCAGCACUUUGGUAUUUGGGUCUGCUUGUAUUCUUCAUUAUUGCGUUCGUAUUCCAGAUGGGGAUGAUCUAUUUGCGCAAUUAUGUCGGUUCGAGGUACGAAAAGUCCAAGAAAAAGUCGGUGGCCGUUGAUCAUAUCCAGAUGGAUAAGGUGGCUAACAUCCCGUCGGAGAACGCCGUCUAG